AUGUCCUCUUCCAUUCAUUUCCCAGACCCAAACCGCUUUCAGCAACAGUCAGAUGAGUUUCUCACCUGGCUAUCUGGCCUACCGGGUGUCAAGUUGAAUCCCAAGAUUCAGAUCGCUGACUUAAGGGCUAGCGGCGCCGGCCGAGGUGUCGUGGCUCUGUUCGAUCUCGAAGAAGGCGAAGAGCUUUUCACCAUCCCACGCGCCCAUGUCCUCUCGGUCCAGAAUUCAAAGCUAAAGGACCUGAUCUCUCAGGACUUGGAGGAGCUUGGACCAUGGCUCUCUCUCAUGGUAGUCAUGAUCUAUGAGUUCCUUCGCGGUGAUCAAUCCACCUGGGCGCCGUACUUCCGAGUUCUUCCUCGGAAUUUUGACACUUUGAUGUUCUGGUCCCCCGCUGAACUUGCGGAGCUCCAAGGCAGCGCUAUCGUGGACAAAAUUGGACGGCAGGACGCAGAAGAAUCAAUCCUCGAGUCCGUAGCCCCCAUCGUACGAGCAAAUCCUUCUCUUUUCCCUGCCAUCGACGGUCUGGCCUCUUACAAUGGGGACACCGGUGCUCAAGCACUCCUUAGCCUCGCUCAUACGAUGGGUUCACUUAUUAUGGCCUAUGCGUUCGACAUUGAGAAGCCUGAGGAUGAGGAUGAGCGCGAUGGAGAAGACGGCUACGUCUCAGAUGAAGAAGAAGGACAAUCGUCUAAGGGUAUGGUUCCCUUAGCCGAUCUGCUCAACGCAGAUGCCGAUCGGAAUAAUGCUCGCCUCUUCCAAGAGGAAGAAACCCUGGCCAUGAAAGCAAUCAAGCCCAUCAAACCUGGCGAGGAGAUUUUCAAUGACUAUGGGGAGAUUCCCCGAUCUGACCUUCUGAGACGGUACGGCUAUGUUACCGACAACUAUGCUCCGUUCGAUGUCAUCGAGCUGCCCCUUAGCCAUAUAUGCCAGGCUGCGGGCCUGGAAAACGCUGAUAUCGAGUCCCAACCUCCGCUCCAAUUCUUGGAAGAGUUAGAACUCCUUGAUGACGGUUACACCAUCCCAAGACCCUCUCCUGAGGACCAGUUGACAGAUAUUCUGCAGGAUGAACUGCUCCUGCUGCUCAAAACCUUGACUCUGUCGCCAGAACUUCUGCAGAAGCAAGUAUCGAAGAACAAACCUCCCAAGCCGACCUUUGGCGAAGCGGAAGCUACGAUACUUGGCAGAGCGCUGGAGCUCAACCAAGCACAAUACGUAACAAGCAUUGCUCAAGACCAAGAGAUUCUCGCCCAGCUGCGCCAGUCGGCCGCCUUUGGUGCCGUUGACAACUUCCUACGCCGCAAGGCCAUGGCUGUUCAAGUCCGCCUCGGCGAAAAAGAAGUUCUUCAGGGACUGUUCACGAUUCUCAAUAACCAACUCACCAACCAGGCUAACGGAUCCGCGGCCAAGCGCCCUGCCAACGGUGACCACGACGACUCGAGACGAGCCAAGGCUUUCAGAACUUGA